AUGGUAUUGGCAAAGAAGAUUGUAAAGUUGGAUGAUGGUCUAACAUUGACUAGAGUCUACGAUUCAUUGGGCUUACCAUUCCUAAAUAGAUUGAUACAGACGCCUAACCUACCUGGUGUGGAGUCCAUCUCCUACCCAUACAUGGCAGUCAAUCUCCUUGUCACAUUCACAUCUCUUGACAUCACUGGAAUCAGUCAUGACCUACUCGAGUCUACACUAAUCUUCCGAAUCUCACAACAUACAUUGCUCCCACAGUUAGUCAAGAACCUACUUCAUGCCCUCAGUCAAAGGGGAGAGAUCAGCGAGUCAUUCAUACAGGACUCAUUGACCUUCAUGUACUCUAUGAUGACAUUUGAGUCAACUCUAAGGGAGAUGGGAGGGUCAGGUGACGCUGGCAACAAGAAGUCAGGGUCAAGCUCAUACCAGAUGAUGAGUCAGAUCAUCCAAGCCGAGCCCAACUUACAAUGUCUGGCCAGUCUAUUGGGUACACUGCAUCAAGCCAGUAACACAAAGCAUACAUCACCAGAUCAAUCAAAGACAACAAUGACUUUAAUGGGACGCAACAACACUCAUACCACUGAGUCUUUGGCGGCACUGUUUGAUCAAGGUAUCCUCGUGCUCAAACUCUUGUUCUUCUGUUUCCAAGAGCAUAAUGAAGCGCAAUGUCAAUUCAAACGAUUCAUCUCAAUGCUUGGACCGACAUCACUCAUAUUCCUCGAACGAUCAGAUGACAGUCGCUUCUCCACUCUCCCAGUCCUGAUCUCAAUCUUCCAGUUUGACGGAUUCCCCACGCAUCCAAACAAUCAAAGCCAACAACUGAUUCAAUCUGCGGCCAAUAUACGCGAGGGCAUAGCGCUCUGUCUGACAAGUCGGCCUGGCGACCAGAUGCCUGAAGAGCAGCGACAUCAGGUCAUCAUCCUGUCCUCAAUCCUACUCGAGUUGUUUGGCAACAAGUGGGUCACUAGCGCGACAUCAUCAUCAACACAGUCAUUAUCCACUCCAAUCUCAAGCGAACGUCUAUUCGCUCUAAUAUGUCAAGCUGUUAGAACAGAGGUUCAGUCCAUUCUCAUGGCACAUCCAGUCAACGCGACAAUCACGCAAGACAGAACCAACAUGCUCAUCGCAUGCUACUCAAUCAUGGAGAACGUCAUCACAUACAUGGUGCAGCAAUACGACUCUGAGGAGACCACCUUGAUGAUGACCACCGACUCAUUCCAACUCCUGCGUAGUGUGCUCAUCGAGACCAAUAUUGUCAUGAUUGACUUCCUUCGAUCGGUGGCCGACCAUGCCCCUCGUACCGAGCCUUCCAAAGUGGCCAUUAUGACAUUGAGACAAGUUGGUCAGUUCUUGGCAGAAGAGGCCGAGUCCAUGGAGGAGUGUCUGUCCAUAUCCCUGCAACCCAUCAUCGAGUACUUCUACUCCCAUGGCAAGGAGUAUGGAUUCUUUAUCGCCUACCUGCUACCGGGAAUAUCCAACUACAUCAAUGCCAGUGCAUGUAUGAUGAAUGAGCAUGCAUACGACAUAUUCGAGAACCAACAGGGCAUCAAUGUGUUGGCACAAUACUUCACUACAUACCUGCCAUCGAUGGCCAUGCUGGCAAUGGACGUUCAAGAGUCCUCGGCCUCAGCCUCGUCAUUCCUAGGUACAUUGAGGAGCUAUGGUAUCACGACCGAAUCAGUGUGCGACACUUUCCUCCCGCACACAUGUACGAUCAUGCAGUAUUACAUGUCGUGUUGGAGCGACCCCAUACACCUGGGGAACAAGGGCAUAUUCUUGGCGCUGUUCAUUGCUAUUACAGAGGCAAUCGAGACCAUCACAGCUAAUAUUGCUCAGAUGAUUGGCGAUGCGCUGAAACUUCGUCAAGUACUGACGAUCAGUCUAAUGACUCUGUCAUUCGCCAUACUCAGACAUCUUAAUCAAGAUGACUUCCAAACCAGCGAGCAUCUAGACCACCUCACAAAGGCAGCGGAAGAGUUGACAGCAUUUUACCAAAGCAUCGAAUUACCGCCACCCGAUCAAAGUGCCUACAUCAUCUGGGAGGAGAUCAAGCAACAAUGGAUGGAUACACUCGAUUCAUUGUUACAAUGUUUGGAUAGAUACCCAUCAUUGGUUAAUAUACUAUCUAUUAAUAGAUGGCCUCCAACAGACUUUAGGAUUCCACCUUCAACGGAUAAGAUGGCCAAUGACAAUGUGAUCGAGAUGAAUCGUACUAUUGGUCAUAUCAUCAGGAAGCUAAUAACAUUGAAGGCCUCAAACAGGAAUGAUUGA